CUUCUCAGUUUUGAAUGCUAAAUCAGGAUUUAUUCAGAUAGAACUAGAUGAUGCAUCAACUUUUCUCACAACCUUCAAUAUUCCAAUUGGAUGAUUUAGGUGGUUGAGACUCCCAUUUGGUUUAAAAUGUGUGCCCAAAAUUUUCCAGUAUAUUAUGAAUGAAAUUCUGGAGGACAUUGCUGGUGCCAUAAGUGUAAUGGAUGACAUUCUCAUUGCGGCGCCCACAGUGAAGGAGCACUAUGCAAUUCUCUGCCAAGUGGUUGAGAGGGCCACAAGCUACAGUCUGAAGGUUAAUUUCAACAAAUAUCACAAAUUUGUUGGCGAAGCAUUGGAGCUCCCAUUAACGUGAAUGGAGAAUAUCAGACUUUUGAAGGCAACAUGUCCUCGAUGGUAUUUUGAAACUCAAUCGAGGGCCGUUACGUUUUGUAUGAAAGGCAGAUUGAAAAAUAUGCAUUAUGUAAUAAAAUAUGCACAUUUUAAUAAAUAUUUUCCCAAGACUUCUGGUCCAAAACAACCAUUGUGUCAGAAACUGUGCUUAAAUUGAAGUUUAUGAUCACAAAAAAUGGACCGACGGUUUUCUUUGGUUGUUAAAUCACCUUGGAUUUGUACAUUGAAUUCAAUGUUCAGCAUGCAUGCGCAGUAGAGGCUGCUUCACCGCCUGGACCCUCCUACCCUCUCCAGUUCCUAUGUACGCUCUACGCUUGUUUCUAGGGGGUGAUGUGCGCACUUUGCAGUGAUUCCGCGCUAAACAGAAGGAAAAAGGAGAACGUCUGCCAGGGAAAGUGUGGAGACAGGUUUUAGUAUUUUGUAGCUUCUUGAUAAAAUUUUUAAAAAAUGUCUGGAUUAUCCGGAACGGAACAGGAGGGUUGCAGGAAAAUGCUAAGCCUUCUGUCAUAUUCCGAUUUAAUGGCACUUUGUGAUACUGUCACUAACAAAUUGAUUACGGUGGUAAGCACUGGAGAGGCAAUGGACGCGAUCUUGACAUGCAGUAAGAGUGCUGAAGAAUUACUGAAGCGAAGGAAGGUGUAUCGUGAAGUUAUAUUUAAGUACCUGAUCAGUGAGGGUAUUGCCAUGCCUCCCGACGCCGACAAGAAUCAGCUUGCGAGGAGGGCCAUGCUGUUUUGGGCUUUGAAUUCGAGGGUAAAAUCAAAUAAGGCCUCUUAUGUUUCAACACCAGCAGAUGAGGAAAUGGAUUUUUCAAGUGCAGGGGAAGAGAUCAGUGCGUGUGACUACAUGGCCCUGGGAAAGCAGUUCUGUCAGUGGUUCUACAACCCCGUGAACACCCAGAAUCCCACACUGGGUCAAGAACCACUGCACUGGGGUCCCCAGCAUUUUUGGGAGGAUGCAUGGCUGAUUCUUUGUUACAGCGCAGAAGUGCAGAAAAUUGACAGGUUUCAGGGGGCAGAGCUGGUCAGCCAGAAUCUCCUCGCUCUCGUAAGGGACGAGAGACUCUUCUUCAGCCCCAACCUGGAGCCCCACGGACUGAAGUGCGAAGCCACUCCCCACGGGCUGGUGAUGGCGGCGGUCGCCGGAACAAUCCACCGCGAACAGGCCUGUCUGGGAAUCUUCGAGCAGGCGUUCGGCCUCAUACGCUCCCCACUGGACGCCAACAGCUGGAAGAUCAAGUUUACACAUUUGAGAAUGAGAGGGCAGAAUGAACUCACUGGAGGAGAGGAAAUGACAUCACCAGCAGUAACAUACAGCUCAAACGAACUCCUGUCGCUCUGUGAACGAGGAUUAUAUUUCUAAUAUGUAGUUGCGUUGAACUUGUGUGAAACUGAGCACUUUGUACAAAUGGUUGAUGUUUAUACUCCUGGAAUGGGACUACAGAGAAUAUGUACAUAUUUUAUGACGUAUUACAUAUUUUUACAAUCUGCUUUUCAUGUGACAAAUACCAAUUGUUAAUCAAGUUUCAGAAUAUCAUUGUGGAUGUUUUAUUUUGCUUUCAAGUCUGAUAUUCCCCAUUCAUUUGAAUGGGAGCUCCAAUGUUCUGCCCUCAACAUGCACAGUACUUCUGGGAUUUCACAAUCUUAGGUUAGCUGAAGGCAUGCUUUCUUAGUUAAAUCUGAAUGCCUUUGCUUAUGUUGAUCCUGCAAUGUAAUUGUUGACAUUUUAGGUUAUAGCCAGCAGGGGGUGCUACUGUAUCUAUAUUUGGAUACAUGAUAUAAUUUAUGAUGGUUAUUGUCUUUUAUAAGCAUAAAUUAUUAACACUGUGAAAUUAACAACAAUGGCAUAGCCUCUCAGAACACAGAGAUCACAAAUAAACUUGAGAAAUAACA